AUGAACGACAAGGCGCGGAAAGUUCGACACCAGCUCUUGCAGUUUUACAUGAAAGAAUGCCGACCUCCUACGGUCGACGAGUUGGCGGCAGAGUCGGGCCUCAAUGCGUCGGAUAUUCAUCAGAUUCUUGACCAACUUGAGGAACUGCAUCAUAUUGUGAAAUACAAGCAUGAAUCACGCUCUCCAACCCCCAUUGCCAUGGCUCAUCCAUUUUCCCAUCUACCAACACCCUUUGUAGUGUCCCAGGGAAGUAGGAAAUGGUGGGCAAACUGCAUGUGGUGUGCAAUGGGCCUCGCAGCAAUGCUAUCCCCACUGGAAACGACCAUUACAGUUCGUUCUGGUUCUAUCGGCACUGAACUGCAGUUCACUAUUCGGGAUGACCAAGUUGCCUGUACAGGAGAUGGUGACAAGAUCGAUGUAAAGAACUGCCAUGCCCAUUUUUCUAUCCCACCUGUUAAAUGGUGGAAAGAUGUGCGCUUUGCCUGUGGAACGAUUCAGAUUUUUCCAUCCAAACAGGAGGCGUUGGAGUGGCCCAAGAAAUAUGGUUUCUACACUGGGGAGAUUAUGACUCUGGAAAAUUUGUGGCUUUUGUCCAAGGCGUGGUAUCACGACAAGCAUACUUAUGAGUAUGAAAGGAAGACUCCAGCAGAGGUUGAGACCCUGUUUAACCAGCUGGGGAUGUCGUCGGAGUUCUGGAAGUCUAGAUAA